AUGGCUGUUUUCAAGUGGACUCUGGGUCUUUUGUCCCUGAUUGUAGUUUCCACCUGGGCAAAAGAGGAGUCUGUGUCUGAAAGGAUUGGGAAAGCUAACAGCAACAUUGCUAGUUCUCCUGCUGGGCUCUAUGUGGAGGAUGAUAUAGCUUAUGACUCUGAGGCUGAGAGGAACGCUGACCCCUGCACCGCCCGUGACUGCAAGUGGGAACAAGCCAGUGACGGCCUGGUCUACGUGCCCUUCAUCAUUGCAAACCACUACACCUCUAGCGAGCGGGCCAUCAUCGAACGAGGCUUGCAGUCCUUCCACAGUGUUUCCUGCAUCCGCUUUGUGCCUCACACCAAUCAAAGAGACUACAUUCACAUCCAGUCCCUGGAAGGGUGCUAUUCCUUCGUGGGUCGCCACCUCAAUGGCCAGACUCUGUCGCUGAAUCGCAAUGGCUGCCUCUACCACAACGCUGUCCAGCACGAGCUGCUGCACGCUCUGGGCUUCCACCACGAACAGUCCCGCUCUGACAGGGACCAGCACAUCCGCAUCCUGCUGGAGAACGUCACUCCAGGUUUUGAGUACGCCUUUAACAAGGUCAACACUCUGAACCAGGGAACCCCAUAUGACUACAACUCUGUCAUGCACUACGACAGGUAUGCCUUCUCCAAGAACAACCAGCCCACCAUGGUGGCCGUCCCCAACCCCAACACUGAGUUCGGCAAAGCCACCCAGAUGAGCCAGAACGACAUCACCAGGCUCAACAGGCUCUACAAGUGCAGAUAA